AUGUGUUUCGUCUUCACCUGUGGUGAGCACACCUUUCGCAAGGAGAUUGAGGGCUACGAGGGCAUCACCUGCCAGUGCCAUAACUGCGGCAAUUACUCUGGCAAAGUGAUUAAGAGCAACCCGUGGUUCACCUUUUGCUUUAUUCCCGUAUUGCCACUCUCCAUUCACGGCUACCAAGACGUCGUAUGUCACAUCUGUAAUUUUGCGCAACCACUCGAGAACCGUGCCGAUGUCCAACAGAUGAAGGGCGGCGGCGGAGGAGGAGGACCCGGUAUACCGAUGCAGAACGGGCCGCCGCAAGGCUGGCAGGGUCAAUCGCCACCGCCAGGACAACAGCCGAUGAGGUACGGAUAG